CUUCCUCUCCCGGAGACCUCGGUUUUGCACGAGCCGGCCUUGAAAUCAGAGCCUUUCCAGCAGCUCCGGGAGCGUGUGCUCGGCGACCGCGGGCUUGGCCAGCGGCGCGCGCUCGGCGCCCGGCGCCCGCCCCCCCCGCCCCCCGCCCCGCGCCCCCCGCCCCCAGCCCCAAGCGCGCCGGGCGGGCGCCAUGGAGGAGGGCUCCAGCUCGCCCGUGUCCCCCGUGGACAGCCUGGGCACCAGCGAGGAGGAGCUCGAGAGGCAGCCCAAGCGCUUCGGCCGGAAGCGGCGCUACAGCAAGAAGUCGAGCGAAGAUGGCAGCCCGACCCCGGGCAAGCGCGGCAGGAAGGGCAGCCCGAGCGCGCAGUCCUUCGAGGAGCUGCAGAGCCAGCGCAUCCUGGCCAACGUGCGCGAGCGCCAGCGCACCCAGUCGCUGAACGAGGCCUUCGCGGCGCUGCGCAAGAUCAUCCCCACGCUGCCCUCGGACAAGCUCAGCAAGAUCCAGACGCUCAAGCUGGCCGCCAGGUACAUAGACUUCCUCUACCAGGUCCUGCAGAGCGACGAGAUGGACAGUAAGAUGGCCAGCUGCAGCUACGUGGCCCACGAGCGCCUCAGCUACGCCUUCUCCGUGUGGCGCAUGGAGGGCGCGUGGUCCAUGUCGGCCUCCCACUAGCGCCGCGCCACCCACGUCCGGACCCGCGCGCCAGGCACGAGGUGCGCGGAAGAACUCAGAUUUCUCCCCGGAGGGUGCCGUAGGGUCACCGGUGCAGCAAAGAUGAGCCCAGUGUACAUGGCAACCCCAUCAUCCAGCCCUGAGUUCACCUUGCUCCAAUCCCUCAUCCAGCCCUGAGUUCACCUUGCUCAACAUUUGGGAAAGCAAUCCUCUAGAAUGCUUCCUGGAGCCCCUAGGUUGUUGCAUGGGUGCGGUGCUCUUGGCCGCCAUCUUGGUGUGUGACUGUAUGACGCUUAUGAGCUGAACGGGGCGAGCGGGUCCAGAGGGAAGGCAGGGAGGCGUGCGGCAGUGGAGGGGUUGUGUGUUGGGUCAGCGGGAGCGCUGUCUUCAGCACGGAUUCCCAGCAGCAAGAGGAGCUGCUCCACGAGGGAGGCUCCGAGUGACCUCCCGUUGCCAAACCUUCUUAUCGUGGUGGAAGUGUAGUUUCCGAAAGAGAACCGGGAAAGAGAGGGAGAAAUGUCGUGUCCAGGCAGCCCUGGAAGACGGAACUGGGAGUAGAUGGAUCCACCACAUCCAAGAAUGUGCUUGAACAAUGCCCAGCAAUCCUGGGUACAGAUGCCAAGAAGACUCCGUGAAAGGCCAGUCCACUGAGGCACCUUGGAGCUUUCUUCCAAGGGCAGCACAGGAGCCUCGCCGGAAGUCUGGUGCCAUUAGACGCAACAUGGCAGCUCACUGCACCAUGGCGGGCCUCCCGGAGCCACGGGUCCCAGUGGAACUUUCACGCCAAGGACACCGUGCCGCGGUCCUGAGGACCAGGUGGCCCAUCACUCAGAGGAGGGGGAGGAGAGUGAGGAGGCACUUCCCAGUAAUAACCCGCCUUCCCUCAGUGCCCCACCUCUCCCCAACCAAACAAGGACCGAGGCUAGCGACUAGGACCGCACUGGCACCAACUUCAGGUCGAAUACAUAUCACCGUGUUCAUCUCGGUGUUGUGCCCUUCUGUUGAUCUUAAUGAGUACGUUUUUUUAAAAGUUAAGUCCUUUCACUGGUUGAUUUAGCAUCUUGCUCUCUGCACCCUCUCCCUACCCUACGUCCCCAGCCAUUAUUUCUGCUACCUGUGAAUUUUCAGAAGUCUGAUCCCAACAUUUGGUAGAGAUUAGUGAAAUUAAAUUAUCAGAUAGCUUCUCGAGGGAAAUUAUUUUGUGUUUUGGACAAGCCUUUAUUAAAAAACCUUGCUUUGGCCUUUGAGGCGGACUCAGUGGCUAUCUCCCCCAUGCUCCUCAGGACCCCUGCAGCUGGGCAAGGCCAUGUGACUAGUUCCAGCCAAUGAGCUUUGGGAGCAAGGGACAAUAGCAUUUCCAGGCCGAAGUGUGGAAGAACCAGUGUGCGACUCCAGUCUCCCCGCCGCUGCCCCAAGGGGCCAGAAGGCGUGUGUCCCAAACAACGCAUCUACAAGAUGGCAGAGACCCUGCCAACUUGGGUCCUGGGAGGCUGUGUGGAGAGGAGCCCCCGCUGACCCGAACAAGCAAGAACGGACAAGACGUAAAUGACCACCGUGUUACCCCAGUGAGUUGUGGGGGUCUGUUUGUCGUCGCAGCAAAGCCUCGCUUGCCCUGAUGGAAACACCCUGAGAAAAGAGGGCAGAUGAUCUGGCGUCCCUCAUGGGUCUCCCUUGUGUUGCCGCAGGGCCCUAGACAGGUGUGCCCUGCUCUGUAAAAUGGAUGUGUGCUUAGAAAAAUUAUCCAAAGUGAGUCGCUCCACGUUCAUUUUUAGAGAAGCCCGGUUUCUAAAGGCACUUUUCCCGGAAGCUUUUUAUAAAUCAUAAAACUUUACAAAGGGUGUCACCAUGGCGUCAUUUAUUUACUAAACGUGGGUCUCGGUACACCAGAUUUCCUUGAAAUAACUCAUAGUCGAUGUUGAAAAUGUUUCGUCGUUUUGCACUGCCCCUGAGCAUUAUCUGACUUCUGAUCUUUGGCUCAAGGUGUGUUAUUGGCUUGUCUUCGAGGCCCUUGCCUCCCUUUUGGGUUUUGUUGGGACUUCCUUGUGUCUACUGACUUUUCUUCCCGUGCACUUUAUUUUAAAGUGGAUUCACCCUGAAUUCUUCAAGACUCGGCAGAACAUCUGCAUCACAUCUAUUUAUUGACGAAACUCCAUUAAAGAGGGUCUAGAAGGGAAAGUGGGUUUCUGGAUUUAGGAUUGAAAGUGGAAGUCCCAAUCCCCUUGUAAACACUGCCAUCGACACUGGGGGUCUUUCUUGGCAAAAGACGUUAUUAUGGGAUGUUAAGCUGGAAUUCAAAUGGUAGUUAAAUGCAUGAACAAUGUGGAAGGGGGGUCUGCACUUAAGCAGCAGGCCUGGAUUUAGCCGAAAAAUACCCCAGCAAGUAUCUGGACACGUAGCUACUCAGCUCUGAGAAUAAUUGCCAGGGGGCUGCUCUGUUGUCUUUCAAAUAUAAGCGGUCGCUUCUGGCUUCCAAACUCGGGAAUAUUGUUGCAGUCCAUGAAAAAAGACACAGGGAAAUUUGGGAACAUACACAGCUAUACAGGCACCUGUGCACCUGUGAGCCCCCCCAGUGACUGCUCAGGCUGAUGAUGCUUCCAGAAAGGAAGACACCAGAAGUGUUCUGUGACACGUGGGUGAUGAAAAAUGUUCUUUUAAUUGGGGCACUGGUUGGCUCAGUCGGUUGAGCGGCUGACUUCCUGUCAGGUCAUGAUCUCACGGUUUGUGG